GAAAAGAAAAAGAAAGGUGAGGAAAGCAGCGAAGCAGGACGCAGCGGGGCAUUGUGCAGCCGAAUGGAAAUAUGUAUGAUGGACGAUGGGACGUCGGAAAAGACGUUUGCGUUGGGAGUGAGUGGGUGGGUGAAAACGCACGGACAGGAACGGCCGGGCAUGUACUUGCCCGGUAAUAAUAAAACCACGCUAGACUGUGGUCGGGUGGAUGACAAAAGACGUCAACUUGGGAGUGAAACCGCAGUCGACACCUGAAAAAUCACUGGCAUCCCCCCGGCGAGCGGCGAGCGGCUGCGCUCCGGCAUCCCCAUCGCAUCGCCUGGCUUCUCCAUCCCGUCCGCCUUGUCUUGUCCCGUCGGUUCGGUCGGUCUUUGUGGUCUGCGUUCCCGCCGAACGUGCCUUCUGCUGCAAUCUGCACUGCAACAUCUGCACUCGCCGUUCCCGUUUUCUUGGCUUCACGGUCGGCCAGAUCUUGGCUCUUUUCCCAUCUCCCCGUCACUCUUUCCUUGCAACAGCAGCAGACAGUGCAACCAGGCAGAGGGCGCGCAGCAUCCGUCCUUCCAAAGUUUGUCGAGUUGAUUGGGAAUUGGCAGCCACGGCAGCGAAAAGCGAGCCUCUCCACUUGACUUUGCAAGCAACCUCGAGCACGCCAACUUCCAUUGUCGCCAAUCUUCCCCCUAACUUCAUACCGACCAAACCCUGAAACAUCCCAGUUCUCCCCUAACGACUUCCAAUCUUUCGCCCGGCUGUCCGUCCUUUCUUUUCGCCAUCGACUAAACCCUCUCUCCUUCAACCUCCAGCAGCAGCGGCAGGGCAGCAGCACCCA